GCAAGGGCCACUUGGAACUUAUCCGUCAUUGCGGACCACACUGCGUGAACGAUCCAUUCUCUGACUUCAACCAGUUGGCGAGUUAACCUUGCACUCCUGUCUCUUGGGAGUCCUCCGACUUUUUAGACUUCGGCCUCCUUCGACUUGAUAGCCGUGCCCUCCAGCAAUCCCCCCCCUCACCAAGUCGUCACGGACGCUUGAAUCUCAAUGUCUCGACGGCCCGCUAAUGACAGGGCGGCACAGAAUGCCCAAACCCUCAAAGCCCUCGUCAAACUCGAAGGAAAUAAAGUCUGCGCCGACUGCAAAAGAAACAAACAUCCACGAUGGGCAAGCUGGAAUCUCGGGGUAUUCAUCUGUAUUCGAUGUUCAGGCAUUCAUCGAGGGAUGGGUACUCAUAUCAGUCGGGUCAAGUCGGUUGACCUGGAUGCCUGGACAGACGAGCAACUACAAAGCGUCCUGAAAUGGGGCAACACAAGAGCAAACAAAUACUGGGAGGCCAAGUUGGCUCCGGGGCACGUGCCAUCUGAGGCGAAGAUUGAGAACUUCAUACGCACAAAGUACGAGUCCAAGAGAUGGGUAAUGGACGGCCCCAUGCCUGAUCCCUCGACGCUAGACGCAGAAGGUGACGAUAACAUGCCCUUGAAUAUUGUGCAAGAGAAGGCCAAAAUUGAGAGGUCGGCUUCUCAGCGUCAAGCGUCCACUCAACCACCUCCGCAGCCUCGACCUGCUGCAAAUGUGAAUCUUUUCGACGACUUCGCUCCAGCUCCACCAGUCAGGCCGAAUACAGCAGACAUCCCUGACUCGAAACCCACACGAACUGGUCCACCGGCUCCGGCUCCGGCUCCAAAACCCGCUGCGAAACCACAAGAUUCUCUGCUUGGGCUGGAUUUCUUUGGCGGCCCCUCAUCAGGUGGUCUUGGUCGACCUUCGAGCGCAGCGUCUAAUCCUCCAGCCUCUUCGAAUCCCAGAGGGGACCUGAAGAGUUCAAUCCUCUCAUUAUAUUCUGCUGCUCCUAAACCUCAACCUGCACCCCAGCCUCAGCAUGAUCGUCAGCCAUCAUUUGGAGGAAUGGCAACAUCACCCUUACCAGCGAAGCAAGAUGCAUUUGGAGGGCUUGCCGAUGCCUUUAGUGGAUUGAGCUUCCCGAAUCCAACAACCACAAAACCCCCUGCUCCACAGCCGUCGUCUGCGUUCUCCGCCUUCGGAAGCUUGACCAGUCCCGUUGCAGCGCCGAAAGCCACACCCUCUGCACCCCAGGUGACAUCGCCGCCUCCCCUGAGUGGUGGCAGUUUCUUCGACGCCCUUCCCUCCAAAGCACCCGCUGUGAAGCCAACUGUCACCUCGCCCUCUGCCUCAAAUGGACUAGAUUUCUCUUUUACCCAAAGGUCUCCGCCUCCGCAACCUGCACCCGCCCCAGCAUCUAGACCUUCUGCUACCUCUAUCCCUGCUGACCUAUUCGCGGCUGACGACUUUGGCGGCUUUGCCAGCUCGACACCUGCGUCGCCACCAAAACCGGCACCCGCCCCACAAGUGUCGCCACCAACCAUCAGCAGCUCGACCUUUAGUUCACCUUUCAAUCUGUCUGCGCAGCCCGCGUCAACCCCAAAGCCGGCUCCCCAACCGUUCAAAGCGCCAGCGGUACCUCAAACCAGCUCAUCAAUGUUCGACCCGUGGGCUUCAAGUAACGAUAACAGCCCUUGGGGGGCGCCGGACCCGACACCUGCGAAGCCAGCGCAGCCCAAGGUCGAUUUGGGAAGACCACCAGCCCACAUUACGCCGAAUGACAUCCAUGGAGGAUGGGGAGAGCCAAUUUCGUCGAGCAACAAACCAGUGCGACAGGCGUCAGUCACAGCCGACGAGGACUUUGGAGGAUGGACCUCAGCUUCUACAACACAGACGCCAGUGGCCCCGCCCGCCAAAAGUAGUGGAGGAUUUGGAGGCACAUCGGAUCCUUUCGAUAAUCCAUGGGGUUGAACUGGAUUGAACAAGUUGGCGCGAUUCACCCUCUGCUGAAGUCCGAGACGCAGAGCUACGAGACUAUGGGAUGAACGCAGAUCUCUUCGAUGGAAGAAGAUGAAAUUGACACAGGAACUAGAGAGCAACCUCCCAUGUUAUCUAGCUAGUAUACAGAUUUGUCCAAACCCGUACGACGUACCUAUGACGGGUUCGAGAUAGCCUUCCGCCUCGCUUGCCAAGUCAGGAUAGGAGCACGACACUGUGUCAAUUGUCCGAUGGUGGAUUUGGCGGAAAGGGAGGGAAGGGUAGCGGACGAAUGAUGGAGCACCGCCGCAGGUUAGAAGUACAGUAGUAGAGGUCCACCCAGCGCCACUGAUCAAGGCACAGCACGAAAUAAUAUGGGCACGCCUAGGCGAUUGACAGGGAUACGGG